ACGUAACAACGUGCUAAUGUUACAAGUACACGGUCUCGCAGCAACUCAUUUACAAAUGUAUUCUCUGAAGUCUUUCUUUGUUCUUAACUCAAACACAUUCAUUCAAGAUUAUCAUAUCUAACAAAACAAGAACCAAAUGGAAAGUAUUGUGAAGGAGUAUAACCCUUUGUGCAUGUACAGUGCAGUGCGUACAUGCAGUGAUAACAUGUACUCCUGUCGGCUGUACUCACUGGCACCACGUUAACAUAGCAUUAGCGCUAUUAGCAUUGAAAGAAGUGUGACCUCAGACCAGCGGUUCACUUGUUCUCAUCGGCAGAAAACACUUGAACUGUCACGCAAACUCGUGCUUCAUAAACGCAGUGUUGCAUCUCAGGCAGUGGCGGUUCUUCCAUUAGGCAAACCUCGGCAAUUGCCUAGGGCCUCAACCAAAUAGGGGCCCCCAAAUCUGACCAUCCCAGUCACAGUAAAGACACAAAAAACGAAUGUUAAUUUGUUACUUAAGUGAAGUAAAAAAACAAAACACAUUUCUAAUAAAAAAACCAGAAAUAUCAGCAUAAUACCGAAUUAAUGUCUAAAUAAUAAUUGUCCAAGCACACAUACCCCCCUCCAUUACUGUGCAUUGACUAGUCCAUAAUAUGAUGACGUAGCAAUAAUGACGUGCCUUCAAACCAAAGCAGCGGGAAGUAAACUGUAUGCGACUCGGUAAAAAUGAAGCGGAGCUACGAAAGUGGUUAUUCUAAAAGAAAGAGAGCAAAAGAGAGCAAAAGAAUUGCAGAUACACUGCCAAAAUGAACGUCCUUUGGCUUUUUUACAUCUCCUGCUGCUACAGCAUCCGCUGUAGUAGCUCCUGAACUUGCUAGUUCUACAUGCUCAGCAGGUAUUGACGAGGAACAUGUUGAAGUGGAAGGAGAGGUGGCUAUGGGUGCCGAAGGAGAAGAGGUGGCUAUGGAAGCCGAAGCAGAGGAACAGGUGACUCUGGAUGAUGAAGACGAAGGUGAUUUAGUGUGAGAAGACAACAGGGGAAAAGACAGAUGAACAACAUCACCUUCUAUCAGUGAGCCCUGGCUGAACAAGGUUGGGUUCCAUACAGCUGCUCACCACUUUUCUAUGAUAUGAAGACUUUUGAGAAGACGACAACAAUGUUGAGUCAGAGCGAGCAGACGGAGGACGGAGCAGCGAGACAUGAUGCACGAGCCCCCGGUGAGCGACGCUCUGACCAACAACGCAAGCGGUCUGGACUGCCAGCCUCGGUACGCGAGGCCCGGCUGCCGCUGCCGCUGCUGUACGGCAGCGUGCUGACGGUCGGGCUGCCAGCUAACCUGCUGACCGUGGGCCUCACCUGGCUGCAGGUGCGCAGGAACAACGUGCUGGCCGUGUACCUGCUGAGCCUCUCGCUGUGCGCCACCUACCUGUUCACGCUGCCGCUGUGGGCCACCUACGUGAGAGCGGGGCACUGCUGGCCCUGGAGCUCUACCGCCUGCAAGCUAACGGGCUACAUCUUCUUCACCAACAUGUACAUCAGCAUCUUCUGCACCCCCCUGCAGGACUGUCUGCUGGAGCGGACGCUCCACACGCCGUACACCGUGACCCUCGGUCUGUCGACCGUCAACAGCGCCGCUAACCCCCUCCUCUACGUCCUGUCCAGCACCAGCAUCCGCCAAGACCUGCAGCACGGCUUGCUGGCGGUCUGUGGCCGCCGGCGGCCUGACAGGGACCAUAACCAGAAUCAAAUGCAGAUCCAGCUGCAGAACUGGUUGGAGCUGAACACAGCGACGGAGACCGAGAGAGGAGAGAUCCCGAGCCGGCAGACGCCAUCUUGUUUCCAACCAUUGUUUCCUAACUGAACACCCCCCACUCCCCCUGCUGUCAGACAGGAAGCAGCUGCUUCUCCAGGUCCUCCUGAAGGGGCGCUGCAGGACACCUUCAACACAGUCUGAAAUAAACUGUCACAUGAUGUUAUCCACUGAAUAAACCCCUACUUUCUGUUUGUCUUCUGGUCUUGCUGCUUGCUGCCAUUGCAACAGCUGUCGUUCUGCUCUGUUUGGCUCUCCUGUCUGAUUGGCUCCCUUGUCUCUGCUCUCUGAUGUAUCGUCGCUCUCUGAUUGGGCGGCUAUGUAAACAAGCAGACAGGCACCCCCCCUGGUGAAUAUUUAAUGAGCCUGUCAGACAGGGCUGAGGGCGAGUGUGUUAUAAAUAAAGGAUAUUUUAUUUCUGUUUCUUUAUAAACA